ACCAACUUCCGUUUUCACUUUGAAUGAUACGUCGGCAAAGACGCGAAAUUAUCGUCGUGAACUGUGAGGCUACAAUUGUAAAAUGCGCGGUGGUUCUGGUAAGAUAUCGAAAACUGUUAUUCUCUUGUGUUGUGCUAUAGGAACAUUGUUGUCUGUUUAUGCACUGCAUGUCGAGAUACAUGCGGAAAAUGACAAAAACUACAGAGCCAGCUGUGACAUAAGUGCAACGAUCAGUUGUUCAAAGGUCUUUAAAUCAAGAUGGGGUAAAGGAUUUGGAUUAAUUGGACUUGUAAUUGGAGAUGACCACCCACUGAACUUGCCCAACAGUAUAUUUGGAAUUGUGUUUUAUGCUCUUCAAAUCGCCUUAACCUUCUCCUCCUCGCCAGGACUAGCUUCCACACAGCUUUACCUCAGUGCCUUCUCCAAUGUGGCAUCUGUAUAUUUAGGAUAUAUAUUAUAUUUCAUUCUGAAAGACAUCUGUAUUGUUUGCCUGUCAACGUAUAUUACAAAUGCUGUCCUUUUGGUAGCAGUGUAUUACAAGAACAAAUCAGUGCAAGAGAUUAAACAGAAAAAAGAAAGGAAAAAGCAGAAGUGAUGAAAGUGAUAGUUUCUGUAAUCAUUGCAUGACAAAAAUCACAAAUGCAUGCAUGGGUAUGACAAAGAAGCAAUUACAGAUGUACAAUGUAUGUUGUUCGAUGCUGUUGUUCCUGCAUGUGAGUCAAGAAAUUUCAAGUCCCAUUAAAAAUGAAUGAAUGGUUGAAUGAGUGAUAAAAAGGCAAGCUAAUUUAAAUGCUUUAUGUUUUUCAUUAUAAGGUAGACAAGAGUGUUUAAUUUUUGCAUUGUAUAAUCAAAGUAGUGGAUGCAAAAAUCAUGGAAAAAAUAGCAUAAUAUGUGAAUGAAUAUUCUC